AUGGCGCUCAACCCUGCAGGCAAGGCUGCCUUAGUAACAGGAGGUGCAUCUGGAAUCUGCCGCGAAUUUGUUAAGACUCUCCUUGCGAAGGGCUGCAAUGUGCUUGUCGCCGACUUGAAGCCGCACCCCGAUGAUAGUGACCUCCCGAGUGAUGCGAAGCACGCCUUUGUGCAGACGGAUGUCACGGACUGGGCUCAAUUACAAAAUGCAUUCGAGCAAUGUAUGACCCAGUUCGGCCGUCUGGACAUCGUCUGCCCUGGUGCAGGAGUUCUGGAUCCGGCAUUCUCCAAUUUCUGGAAUUAUAACAAAGGGGUGGAUACCAACAAGUCUUCCUCUUUCAAGGUAUUGGAUAUCAACCUUACUCAUCCUAUACGAGCAACCCAGCUUGCCAUCGACGCCUUCGAGCGCCAGAAACUUGGCCACGGGGUUGUUGUUUGUGUAUCGUCAAUCGCUGCGCAGGGCUCAUUUUUGGUCGCCCCAUUGUAUUGUGCGAGCAAGCAUGGGGUUUCGGGCUUUGUGCGCUCUCUCGCCGAUCUGGAGCCAAAACGCAACUAUCGCAUCAAUGCGGUCGCACCUGGAUGCGUCAAAACUGCCAUUUGGACCCCCGAAAAGGUCGGUUGGCUGGACGAAGAAGCUGACACAUGGGUUCCUGUCGAGAAAGUUGCACAAACAAUGUUGGAACUCGUAACUGAUCCCAAGAAUGUGGGGGGGACUAUUCUCGAAGUUGGCGUGGACGGGGUCCGAUCGGUGCAGCCGUUCAAUGACCCAGGCCCUCAAGGCCGGGGACACACUAUACAGAAUAUGUCUGAAGCUAUGAGCGACGUCUAUGGGAUGAUACAGUCCAAUUUUGGGCUCCCUUCGACCUAG